AUGAUUAGGAGGCUCGCAGCUCUCAGCGCUCUAUCGGGCCUGGCAACUGCCUGGCUGCCUGAGGUCAACAAGAAGAUCACCGCAACAAACGGUACGAACCUAUUCUCAAGUUCGAACGGCAAGAUCCGAGGCGUGAACCUGGGCUCUCAAUUCGUCUUUGAGCCAUGGAUCGCAGAAAAGGCGUGGUCAGACAUGGGCUGCGGCGGCCAGAAAUCCGAGUUCGACUGCGUCUCGAGCCUGGGCCAGGUCCAAGCGAACAGUGCCUUCGCGAGCCACUGGAGCUCCUGGAUCACGCAGGAUGACAUCGCCGAGAUGGUGAGCUAUGGGCUGAAUACCAUCCGAGUCCCUGUUGGGUACUGGAUGCGCGAGGACCUGGUCUACUCGGAUAGUGAGCAUUUCCCUCAGGGCGGGUUGCAGUAUCUGGAGAAUCUGUGCGGGUGGGCUAGUGAUGCAGGCUUGUAUAUUAUCAUUGAUCUGCACGGUGCUCCAGGGGCUCAGACACCUCAGAAUCCGUUUACGGGCCAGUAUGCGCCCACCGCUGGAUUUUACCAGGAUUACCAGUUCGAGAGGGCGCUGAAGUUCCUCGAGUGGAUGGCCACCAACAUCCACCAGAAUGACAAGUUCCGCAAUGUCGGAAUGCUCGAGGUUGUCAAUGAGCCUAUCCAGAAUGCUGACAAAGUUGGCUCAAUGCGGACAAGCUAUUAUCCCAGCGCUUUCAAGAGAAUCCGCGCUGCAGAACAAAGCCUCAACAUCGACAAGAACAACUACCUGCACAUCCAGAUGAUGGACAAACUCUGGGGCUCGGGUGAUCCCACAGAGUCUCUGACUGACACCUACUACGCCGCAUACGACGACCACCGCUAUCUUAAGUGGGCCAGCGUCGACGUCUCCAAGGACAGCUACAUCAGGACCUCCUGCAGCGACGAGCUGGACAGUAACACGCCGACCGUCGUGGGAGAAUGGAGUCUGAGCGUUCCUGAUGACGUGCAGUGGAACUCCGACUGGUCGCCUGACUCUAACCAGGACUUCUACAAGAAGUGGUUUGCCGCCCAGGUCACGGCAUAUGAGAAGCAGCAGGGCUGGGUUUUCUGGACGUGGAAGGCUCAAUUAGGAGAUUAUCGUUGGUCAUACCAAGAUGCUGUUGCGGCUGGCAUUAUUCCCACUGAUCUUAAGUCUCUGGCUGACCUGAAGUGCAACAUGGCCAAAACCGCCCUCCUCGUCCUGGACAUCCAGCACGGCAUCGUCGAGCGCCUAGACGACGCCAAUACCUACCUCGCACGCCUCGUUCCCGUCAUCAAAGCGGCCCGCAAGUCCGACAUCAAAGUCAUCUACGUCAAGACAGCUUUCCGGGAAGGAUACCCCGACACACACCCGCGCAGUGACAUGGGCUCCCGAGUCCGAGAAUCACAGUCCUUCCGCGAAGGCGAUACCUCUGUCGAGAUCCAUCCCGCCGUGGCGCCGGACGCCAACGAGCCGAUCAUCACCAAGCGCCGCGUGUCGGCUUUCACCGCCACGGAUCUGGACCUUGUGCUUCGCUGUCUGGGGACGGAGCAUUUGGUCGUCGCCGGGCUGAUCACCAGCGGGGCGGUGCUGUCAACUGUUCGGCAGGCUGCUGAUCUGGACUAUCAGUUGACUGUGCUGGAGGAUCUGUGCAUGGACAGAGACCAGGAGGUUCAUGAUAUUCUGAUGAAAAAGGUGUUGUCGAGACAGGCGAGGGUUGUUUCCUCUGCGGAGUGUACGGAACCCGGGGUGUUUGCCGCUGCGACAAAUGGCUCGGCGGCGUCCCAUCACCCUGUGGCGGAGAAGCUGCCAGCGCCUGAACCUCCACGGGCUGAGGUCAAGCCGGUGAGAAGGAUCCAGGAGUUACCGCCUGAGGAACCUCUGCUGGAUCUGUAUAUGCUGGCCACGCCAGCGCUUUUUCUGGAGCUGGUGUCUUUGUAUUUUCGGUCCAUCCACAAUGUUGCGCAUACAUUGUUUCACGAGGCGAGCUUUAUGCGGCUGCUGAAUGAAGGCAGAGCGUCGUUGAUGCACGUGCAUGCCAUGUGCGCGCUCGUUGCGAGAUUCUCGAAGAAUCCUGUCUUUAAUGGUGUUGGUCCAGAGUCACGUGGCAAGCUCUAUGCCGGUGAAGCCAUUCGCUUAUUUCAGGAGAGAGUUAACUAUCCGAGCUUAGAAACCAUUCAGGGAGCGGUUCUUCUGGGGCAUCUCGUAGGGGGAGACGGAGACGCUCAGGCGAAGCAGGUCUACAUCGGGAUUGCCCGCACACACGCCGAAGUGCUCUCUUUAUGGGCCAUGCCGCCAAACUCCACCGUUGUGCAUCGAGAAGAGCGUCGGCGGACGUGGCUUUCCAUCCGUGUUGCGGACCCGUGGACUAUCAUCGACAUGUCAGUGAAUUCGGGGACGUCUCUGAACAAUCUCAAUGUGCUCCCCGAGGUAGACGAUGUGGCGUUUCACACUUAUGACCCGGAACUCUUGCGGGAGGCACCCGUUCCGUCCUCGUCGAGAUGUGACAUGUGGGCGCAGAUGGCGGGGACUUUGGACAUAUACACCCGAAUCAGCGUCCUCCUAACGCGACUCAGCCGUGGUGUCAUUACCUUUGACGCCUACCUCGGCGAGGUCCCCUUGUUGAAAGAGUGUCUGGACGGAUGGGUUCGGGGUUUGCCUCCAACAUUGGCCUAUAGCUCUGCGAAUCUCGUGUUCUUCGCCAAACAGGGCCUGGGUCGGAAUUUUCUCUCCAUGCAUAUUGCAUACCAUCAUUUCCGGCAAAUGCUUUUCUUUCCCUCCCUGGAUGCACGAGCAGGCCGAAACGCUGCAUCAACCGGAGAUGGCAUUGCUCAGUGCAGAAAAAGCGCCAAUGCGAUCUCUGAAAUCAUCGAUUGCUUCACAAAGGUGGACGAUUGCCAGCUCGACUACUUCCUUUACGGGCACGUGGCCAUUGUCAGCUCUUGUGUUUACAUGCAGGCUCUGAUGGUUAGCGAGGAGUUAUCGGAGCUGCGAACCGCCCGGCAACGCCUAGUUGCGAACUUUGAAUACCUGAUGGGAUUGAAAACACAUUGGCCCGCUGUUCGGCAAUCAAUUGCUCGACUCCGCGACUUUCAAACCACUUACCAAGAUACCAUGUGCAAUCCGUUCACCUUGGACAACUGGUUGGCCCGCUUUGUCAUCGAGCACACGGCCAUCCUGGCGGAGCGGCAAACACCCGGAUCGCAACCCUCGAGCAUUCCGCGACCAUCACAAUACAACUCCAGCGAUGAGUCCGGCAUCCUUGGACUGACGGGGAGCCUCAAAACCGAGUCUGCGCUUCUGAUCCCGCCGUCGCAUGCAAAAGUGUCUGACCGCGAGAGCGGCAAGUUGUCUGCUCUUCUCAAUGACCACAGUCUGACCAGCGAGGCGCUCGUCAACAAUGCUUUGAAUUGGUUGUUGGAGUAG